AUGCAUGAAAGCCAUAAAAGUGAUGAUGGCAAUGAGGAAUCCUAUGGUUCCGAAAAGAAGAAGGCAUCACCAACCAUCAACAAAUCAACAUUAUCAAUGAGUGCUUCUUCUUCUUCGUCCUCCUCAAAAACCUCUCCAUCAACAAAACGGAAAAAACGAAAAUCAUUAACCUCUGAAAAGGAGGUUAAGAAUUUUAUUGCUUUGGUGGUGCUUGAAAAAUUGAAAAAACGUUUUGAAUGUUCAAAUACGGAAUUAGUGGAGGCAUCCUCUUCUGAAAAAACAAUUUCAAAAAUCGGGUUGGAAAUUGAAAAAAACAAGUAUCAAAAAGAAACUCAUGAAAAAGAACAUCAUGCACUAGUAAAGAAGAAAAAACCAGCAUGGAUGGAAAUUAUCGAAGAAGUAGAAAGAAAUAAUUAUUCACCUCAAGUGAAUACAAAUGAAAUGAAAAUUUCAACAGAGAGUGAUUCGAUACAAAUCAAGAAAAACAGCUCAAGUAAUCGUAAAACUAGAAAAAAGAAUCAAGAUAAUUUUUUAGUGGACGAAGAAGAUUCAGAAAUUUCCGAUUGUCACAAUGAAACUGUUGAAAUCACUACAUCACGAAAACGAAAAAAGAAGUCGACACUAAUUGUCACAUCUGAUUCAGAUAUCAAUGAAGACUAUGAAAAAAAUAGGAAACGUACAAAACAAGUGAAAAUUUUGCAAUUCUUCUCAAAACAAAAGAAAUAG